AUGCUCGGAUUACUGACCCUUACCGCGAUCCCGACGGUUACGGGGGCCGCGUUCGGAGUGAGCGAGCAGCGCAAGGCGAAUCAACGCAAAGAAGAUGCGCGGCGGAUGCUAAAAUUCAACAUUGACGCUGUAUGCUUUGGCGAUACAGACGAUGAUCGAGAUUUGAAUGGGCGGAGGGUAGUCGUGCGAAACGACAAGGUCUACUUGGAUGACCUCGACCCUCGCAAACGCACCAUCCCCUCAUUUACCUCCCUAGCUUUCUACAUCGAGUACCCCGAGCUUGAGGAAACCAAAGACCUAGAUCGAGGACUUGGGUUACCGACCUACGUAUCGGCGAACCCACCGCUGCUGAACUGGAUAUACGCGGACUUUGAAACACACGAGUUGAAAUAUGGAAACCGUUCACAGAGUGUGGAACACGUCGUUGGGCCAUGGAACUGGACUGAGGAUGAGAUAACGAUCACGCUGGAAGAAAGUGCUGGGUUUGUAGCGGUUGAGGAAGAAGAGGGAGAGUGGGCACUUUAUUUCGAUCGGGAUGGAGAUGAAUUGGCGGAAGUUCUAGAGGAACAGGGGAUGCUAGAUUGUGCUUUUGUGCCGGUGAAUCUUGUUAGACGGCCUGCAGAGGAUCCUCCUGCUCCACCACAGCAGCAGCAAAAACAGCAACAGAGCCAAGGCCAAAGCUCUGAAAAUGCGGAGAAGAAAGGAUAA